AUGAAAGACCUGUCCUCGUUCCAGCGGGCCAAUGAAGCAGUUGCUCACCUGAGAGCUACCCUGCCAAAAGGCCUGCAAAAGCCACAGGUCGCGAUUGUAUGUGGUUCAGGACUAGGAGGACUCGCAGAUACGAUUCACAAUGAGCUACGAGCUGAAUAUGACUAUGAAUCAAUCCCUCACUUCCCACGCUCAACAGUUGCUGGACACGCUGGGAAGCUGGUCUUUGGGUUCCUUGGCCAGAAAAUCCCUGCAGUGUUGAUGGUUGGCCGUGCCCAUUAUUACGAGGGGCACUCGAUUGAUCAAGUGGCAUUUCCAAUCCGGGUGUUUAAGCAGCUGGGAGUUGAUACGGUUGUCUUGACGAAUGCGGCCGGAGGCCUUAAUUCUGAUUACUCCGUGGGAGAUUUGCACCUGUUCCUGGCGGGAUUGGCAGGAACUCACCCAUUAAGGGGACCCAAUGAGGAGGAAUUUGGAGUCCGUUUCCCGCCCCUGUCUGACGCCUAUGACCUCGAGCUGCGCCGCCAUGUGCAUCAAGCAUGGAAGAAAGUCAUAAACCCUGAGAGCAACAGAAAGUUACACGAGGGUGUAUAUGCAUUCGUCGGAGGCCCCACGUACGAAACAAGAGCCGAAAGUAGGAUGCUUCGAAUGCUCGGGGCCGAUGUAGUUGGCAUGUCCACAGUGCCUGAGAUUGUCGUCGCCAGACAUUGUGGCCUCAGAGUGCUUGCCUUCAGUCUAGUCACCAACAAGGCCGUCUUGUCUCCUGUUCCCAGGGGAGAUGAAGAUCUUCUCCAAGACAAAGCAGCAGGUGAACUGACUGCCAUGCUAGAAGAGGGCAUGGCAGGUCACGAAGAAGUUCUUGAGGCUGGCCGUGCGGCAGCCCUGGAUAUGCAGAAAUUGGUUGUUCAAUCCCUGGUCAAUGUUUUUGAUCAAGCCUAUAAGUGCACGUAG